AAACCGCAAGAGCCUUUCAUAUUGUUUGUAACAGGAAACUUUUUGUACAGAACAGAGGUGAAGACAAUAACAAGUGCAUGAUGACUCUAAAAAUUAUCUUAAUCGUUGCUUGUGUCUUGGUGAUAUUUACAGAGCAAAACCAAGCAAUUAAAUGUAAAACAAUUAAAGGGCAUCUGAAGCAGAUCGACGCAGGGAUAGGUCUUGUUGUUGGAGUGAAUUCAGAAAACAAAAUCUACAUCCUUCUUGGGGACACAUGGGCCAAGGUGCCUGGGACCCUGAAGCAUGUUUCUGUGGGAUCCUCUGGGAUCUGGGGGAUCGAGCCUGACAACACCAUCCACAAGUUUGUUGGGGGCACAUCUUGGAUUAAAGUGCCAGGCAGCCUGGAACAAGUGGAUGCUGGAGGAGAUGAGUUUGUGGCAGGGGUCAACAAAGAACAUCAACCGUAUUGUUUGAACCGGGACCCCGCUAUGAACUUCAGAAGCACAAGCUCUGAAACACCCUGGGUUAAGGUGGCUGGGGUUCUGUCAUACUACAGCUGUGGUCCCAUUGCCUGCUGGGGCACCAGUGAUGACCAGAGGAUCUGGUUGCGGGAGUGGACCAGUCCGAUACAGUGCGAGGGCACGGUGGGCGACCGUGAGGAAUGGGUGCUGGUUCCAGGGGAGUUGUCGAUGGUCGAGGUGGGAACGGAUGGCAGUGUCUAUGGAGUCAAUAAAGAGGGAGUUGUAUUUUACAGAGAUGGCAUCACAGAAUUUCAACAAGCAGGAACACAAUGGGUGAAGCUGACCGAGGCUGGCAAGGCCAAGCACGUGAGCUACGACUUGGGGUUCCUGUGGGUCAUCACUCCAGAAGAGGAGAUCCUGAAGUGUGCUGUUGACGAGUUUGCAUCCCAAAUGACUAUUUUAUUGUCAUAAGUAUCCUUAAACAUGCAGUAGUGCCUGGGGUGUCUCAGUGGCGCAGCCUGUAGAGCACUGACCGCAUGCUCAUUGCGAGCUGCGACGUCGGCGGUUCGAAUCCGAUCGUCCGACAUUUGUCGCAUGUCUUCCCCUCUCUCUCGCUCCCAUUCUUCUGGUCUCUCUAUACUAUAUACUGUCCAAUAAAGCUGAAAAAGGCCUAAAAAAUAUCUUUAAAAAAAACAUGCAGUAGUGCCUGACAAAUGCAAUUCUCUUGAUUAAACUGCAGUUUGCUUUUCCCUUCAUCUUCUUCAAUAGAUGGGGGCUGCCUUGCAUGGUUGGUGCCUUGCAUGGCAGCCAGAGCUGUUGGUGUGUGAGUGUAAGUGUAAAUGGGUGAAUGAGAAGCAUCAAUUGUACAGCGCAUUUGGAUAAAGGCGCUAUAUAUAUAUAUGCCAACCAUUUACCAUUUAAUAAAGAAACGCAUUUUCAAGCACAUAGUUGUUGAGUAUUUUAUUUUUGUAGGGAAAGAACAAAGCCGAAAUGGGCUGUUUUAGUGGUUUCAGUGCGUAGUCUAAGCGCAAAGCGUGAGAGCAUAGUCUAAACGCAAAUU